CUAGGCUUCCAGGCGCAAAAAGGUGUUGCCUUUCCCUGCGGUGCCCUGGAGCUGGGAUGGGGGUCUGCAGACGGUUGAGAGGGAGCGGGACGGGACUGGGAGGAGGCUAGGCCGCUCUUGCCUCCUGGGACCAGCUCUCCCCAGUUCUGGGCGUCUUGGCGACCUUUAGCUCCUGCAGCCUCGGCGUUCUGAGGCGAAGGGGCCCUGGGUGGCCCGAGUCAGCGAGGUAUGGGAUGGUGCAGAACUUAUAGGGGCUGCAAAUGCUCCUUUAUCUGGAGAUGCCAUCCAAGGUGAGUUGUUACAUCAUCUUUCUAACAGUCCAUGUUCCCACCUGGAACCCGGCUUUUCCUCUCUGUCCUGCAUCCACCGGCUACAGUGCUCGGCAAGGCCGUCCACUCCCUGUCCCGUAUUGGGGACGAGCUCUACCUGGAACCUUUGGAGGAUGGGCUCUCACUCCGGACUGUGAAUUCCUCCCGCUCUGCCUAUGCCUGCUUCCUCUUUGCCCCACUCUUCUUCCACCAGUACCAGGCGGCUACCCCUGGGCAGGACCUGCUGCGCUGUAAGAUCCUGAUGAAGUCCUUCCUGUCCGUCUUCCGUUCACUGGCAAUGCUAGAGAAGACUGUGGAAAAAUGCUGCAUCUCCCUGAAUGGCAAGAACAGCCGCCUGGUGAUCCAGCUAUACUGCAAGUAUGGGGUGAGGAAGACUCACAACCUGUCCUUCCAGGACUGCGAGUCCCUGCAGGCUAUCUUCGACCCAGCCGUAUGCCCCCAUGUGCUGCGCGCCCCUGCACGGGUCCUGGGGGAGGCUGUCCUGCCCUUCCCACCUGGGCUGGCUGAAGUGACACUGGGCAUUGGCCAUGGCCGCAGAGUCAUCCUGCGCAGCUACCAGGAAGAGGAGGCAGACAGCACUGUCAAAGCCAUGAUGACUGAGAUGAGCCUUGGGGAGGAGGACUUCCAGCAGUUGCAGGCCCAAGAAGGGGUGGCCAUCACGUUCUGCCUCAAGGAAUUUCGGGGGCUCCUAAACUUUGCAGAGUCAGCAAACCUGUCUCUCAGCAUUCAUUUUGAUGCUCCAGGCAGGCCAGCCAUCUUCUCCAUUGAGGACUCUCUGCUGGAGGGCCACUUUGUGUUGGCUACACUCUCAGAGACUGACCCACACUCCCAGGACCUGCGUUCUCCAGAAAGUCGCCAGCCAGUGCCUCAGCUCCAGGCUCAUAGCACACCCCACCCAGAUGACUUUGUCAGUGAUGACAUCGACUCCUACAUGAUUGCCAUGGAAACCACUGUAGGCAGUGAAGGCUCACGGGCACUGCCCUCCAUUUCCCUUCCAUCUGGCCCCCGGUCUCCCCACAGCCCUGACGCCCCCUCAGAGGAAGAUGAAGCUGAGCCCAGUACAGUGCCUGGGACUCCUCCACCCAAGAAGUUCCGUUCACUCUUCUUUGGCUCCAUCCUGGCCCCCGUACACUCCCCCCAGGGCCCCAGCCCUGUGCUGGCUGAAGACAGUGAGGGUGAAGGUUGAACUGAGAACCCGAAGUCUGCAUCUGGAAGCCCUGGAUUCCGUGAAGCCCCAGCCCUUACGAAGGCUGGGUCUCAGCCCUGGGGUACUGUAGGUGGGCUGUGAGGAGCCUAGCUCCCACAGGCCCCCUCUGGCUGUCCACUGUAGAGCUGCCCAUUGACUGUCUGGCCUGGGUUCUGCCAUUUCCCCUCAAACGAAUCAUGUCUGUUCUUAGGCUUACUGAGCCACCGACCCUUUCAGGAGCUGCCUCACCUAUUGUUUAUUAUAAAGCCUCUGGCCACACUCUAGCUGCGGACAGACCUAGAUGCCUACCUUCCCCAGGCUCACUUCCUUAAGAAAAAACUCAGUGAGGCUGCUGACCCCUGCCAGUCCACUUUUUCUGCUAAUCAUGACCUGUUCCUCUGAAAUCCUAGGCAUACCUCUGAGACCCAUGUGGCCAACACAGACUUUUUCUUGCUUUCCCAAUACUCUUUGGACCUGGCUUGGAAUUGUAAGAGCCUCUAGACCUGAGGGGGUGGCUGGGGUUGCCCUGGUGGGGCUCUGUGCCCAGUAAUCUUGCCUCCCAAGCAGUUCUGCACAAGGACUGCCAGGCCCAGUGUUUGGGACAAGGGAAACAGAGGACAUAGCUAGAAUCCAGCUUUGACCUUUAUUCAAGAGACCAGAUGGGUUGCCCCAGGAUCCAGCUGCCAGCCUUGAGGCCAAGCCAGGUUGGAGACCCACAGUCUGGCCUGCCGUUGCCCUGAGCUGCAGCCUCAGCCCCAGGAUCCUGCUUGCAGCCACCACAGGUGCAGGCGGGAGGGAGCCCUGGGGGAUUGGACGCUGCUGUUGAUUUAUUAAAAAAAAAAAAAAGAAAGAAAA